UACUUAAAGGUGAUGCCAUUUCGUACUCCUCGGCGACGUAUCUCGCCUAGAACCAAGCGCCGAGUUCGAGCUAUCAAAGAUUUCUUCAGAAAAACACUUGGAACAUCAUCUCAGACGGACUGCAAAACAACUUCUAGUAUAAUUAUUAGUGUAUCUGAUUUAAAAAGUAAAAUAGAUAUCAUAGAACAACAAUUAGACAAAGUAAGCAAACAUUGCCGUGAUUUAUCCUGUCUCGAAAACAGUAUUAAGAGAGCAGAGAGCACAACGAUAAGCAAUGAAAAGCGAUCACUCAGCGCUGGUACGAGUAGUAAAAAAAGUUUAAGAGGUGUGGAAACAAGAAUUAUAUAUAAAACUCCCAAACAAGACUAUAUAAAAUCCGACGAAAGCGAGUAUACAGUAAAGUACCCGCCUAAUGUUACGAAGAAAACAAUUCAGUCACGUUCAUCGCCUCCCAAAUAUAAUCAAGAUAUUGAAGACAGAUCAACUAAACAAAACAGGAAUAUCGAAAAAUCUGUUAAGAAACAGCAUAUUAUGUCCAGCAUACGUCCAGAUAAACAAAAAAUGUAUAGAGCUACCUCAAGUAUUAAUCUUUAUUCGCCAAAAGAUAAAGAUAGAAUUGAUCCAACUUGUUCUGGAUAUCAUCGUAGUAGCAAACACAAAGCAUCACAUUACGCUGAGAGAGCGACUCAUCACGAGCAAAGAGAAAGGAUAAAAAAUGACCUUCGAGAUGCUCAAGUUAAUGAUCAUCAUAAAAGUCGCAGGAAAAAACACAAACUACCAGACUUGGACGAAGAAUUCAUAGCUGAUAUCAUAAGAAGACAAUACAAGCCUGUACAACUGUUUGGUAGGCGAUUAUCGGACUACAGUCAGUUUUCGGCGCCAGUUUGUCGUGACCAGGAAUUUUCGAAUCGUAAUGACAUCGAGGAAGGAAGUGAAUUAUGUUCUUGUUGCUAUGAAGGACAACGCAGAGUCAGUCAUCGAUAUUGUAAUAAACAUGAUCUGAGCGACAUGAGAAGCAUCUGUGAUGCACGCUUAUAUAGUUCGAAAAGGCAUAAACGAUACAAACAAGCGUAUAUAAACGAUUACAAUGAUUCCACUGUCUAUGAUUUAGUUCCCGUAAAAGAGAAAACAAGUCCGAAAUCUAGACGAAAAUUUAUUGAAGAAACUUCGGUUCCAUAUGAAUGUUAUAAAGAAGUUCCUCCAUCGCCUAGAACGCACAGACCCCGUCUUAAUCUAAAAACUCAACAUUAUGAUUACGAAGAUAGUAUAGCACCAAAACGUCGUAAUAAAAAUUUACCAUCUCGAUCUCAUAAACAUAAUGAUAUCGAUGAGGCAAGUGAACACUCAGAUAACUCUUUACAAGACUUUAACCAAUACAAUUUGCACAAAAAGGAGAUGUUAAGACCGAAUUGUACUGAGCAACACAAUAUAAAUAACGACACCCUAAUAACACACAUCACUGAAUCGACAACAAAUAAAACGGAUCAGGCCUUGUUUGAAAUAAAGGAUAUUUUACAAAGCUUUUUGCAAGAAAUCAAAAAGGAAACUACUCUAAGCAACACUCAAAUAAACAGCGAACCAACAAAAUCUCCAGAAAAACAAACAGAUUCAAAAAAUAUCCCCAGCCAAGUUCCGAACACUGGACAAAAUUUUUGUAAUGACAAUAAUCUCGGCCAGUGUCCAGUACCUCCUUUUAUGUCACCGUUUACGAACCCUUGCUGUUAUCCAAUUCUUCCUAUAUGUCCUAUCAAUUACUCUCCAAAUGGUUAUGUCCUUCCUACACCAAGUUACACGUGUGCAAAUUGCGCAAACAGUUCGAAAGAAACAACUUGUCAUAACAAUAAAUCCACCACUAAUCACAAACAGCCUCAAUCUUUUGAUGAAACUCAAGAACUUAUAAAAGAGAUUUACAAAUUUGUUGCACAAAGUCCAAAUACUCCAACUUCGAAACGCUUCAAUCAUGCUAACGAUCACACCGUGAACAUUGAAAAGAAAAUAUUAACAUCUAGAAGCGUUGGCAGUUCCAACGCAUCUAAACGAGACGUCAUGGUCGAGACACCUCAGAUGAAAUGUUAUUCGAAAAGUUGUGAAGCAAUUGGGUCAAGAAUGACUACAGCUACUUGUUACUCGACUAAUCCUAGUUAUUCUGAUACUGUUUUAGAAAAACUCAGCUUAGAAGUAUCCGACUCGUCAUCGGAAUAUGAACUUGAUAAGGAGCCCAUUGAAAAGAUGAAAGGACAUAAGUUCUCCAGAGUAUUACGUAAAAUUGGUUUGUUUAAACGAAAGAAGAAAGAUGUUAUAGAAGAAGUCAGUGAAAGCGAUAGCACAGUCGAAGCUAAAAUCAGAGGUAACUCUAAACCACCAUUUCCACAGCAUAUUAUGGACUAUUCUGUUCACAGGCAAGAGUAUUUCCAUCCACCGCCGCUACCCGAGAAGAGAUAUUGUCAUGCACAUGACGUAUCACAUAGACAUGCGUGCGGUGAUGAUGGUUGUGGACCAAGAACAUCACCAUAUAAUCCCUACAAGCACAGACAAUGUCCACAUGAUCAUUCAACUCCACACUGCUACCAUAUGCAACCGAGAGAAGCAGCGCCAUGUUGUAAUAAUGAUUACGACCCACGUUAUAAUUACGUACCUAAACCUCCUCAAGUUCCACUGUGUUUAAAAGAAAUUGAAGUAAAAAGUACCGGUACUCAGAGCGAUAGAAAGAUGUCAAUAUUCAAAAAAUUCAAAAAGAAAACGCAACCGCCACCAAUCCGUCGUCCAGUUAUGAUGCAGCAACAGCACAGCGGCGGGACACAGACUGCCAAGGAAAAUAAUGUUUUGUUCAAUUGGAAAACUUUGCAACAGAAAGCUAAGCAAGCGAGUAGCAAUUCAGAUCCAAUGAAAUUUUCCCUCAAAACUCAAAAGCAACUCGCCGAAGGUGAUAUGAAAUUAAGAAACGCGAUGUUGAAGAAGCUAUUUUAUAAAAGAAAUCCCUUUUCUCCGAGAAACUUAAUUGUUCGUACUUUGCUCGGUAAAGACAAAUCCAGUUGGGGUGAACCCCCAAAAAUGUAUAGACCACGAAUGUUUAUAUAGUAAAUUUUUUUCAUAAAAAUUAAAGUAAGUUUUGUUUUGUAUCAUGUUUUACAAGGUGUUGUUCAUGUGUUAAAUAUAAAUUUAUUUCUUA